GUCUCUAUUUUUAAUAAAAAUACAAACCCAACUCUCAUUUGUGAACAGUCAUCCAACCCCACCCUCACUCUCAACCCCAAUUCUCACAACCAGCAGUCCCACCCCCGCAGUGCCCCUCAAAUCUGUCCAGAUGGAUCGUAGUUGGAUGUAUGAAAGGACUAAUUUUGGUCAAGUGGGGAUGAAGCCUGAAUUUGUAGAAGGUGUUGAUGGUUUUGUGGACUAUGCAAUGACACUAGAACCUUUUCAACUUAGUAGCUUGGUGAAGUGUCCUUGUAAGAAAUGUCAAUGUAUGAAUUAUGAAAAACCAGAGAUUGUUAAGUUUCAUCUUUAUCGAAAUGGGUUUAAAGAAGACUAUACAGUGUGGACUAGUCAUGGAGAAAUUGACAAUAGUUUUGAUAGAUUUCAACACCAUGUUGUUGGUGAAAGUAGUAAGGCAGUGAAACCUAAUGUCCAAAAUUAUAGAAUGCACUACAUGGUUCGGGAUGCGCAUAAGCUGCAUCCUGAUUUUGAAUUUCGCGACCACGUUGAAGAAGCUCCCAAUGAUGAAUCUAGAAUUUUCUUUGAACAAUUGAAAGUUGCUAGUCGGCCUUUAUAUGAGGGGAGUCCACACUGGGAGACCGACGCGAGGUUCAAGCAGAUAAACGAGGUUGCCAAGAUGGUCAGAGCAACUACUAAGGGUGGCUCUCUACACACAAUUGGGGUUCAGAGCCAAGGGAAUGUGAAGAGGAAAUUGGAAAAUAAACUGGGGAGACCGGUAACUCAGGCAAAGGCAUUCAAGACUACACACACAAGGAAGAAGAAAACCCCCGGAGAUCCAGACGUUUGGGUUCCUCAACUGACCUACCAAUCCGUUGAGGAUUACCAUCAAAUUCAACUAGAUGAUAGCCGAGGCAUGCCAUUGAGCCAAGAGCAGACUGAGAGAAUGUGGCUAGACUCGGUUGGUGGGCCGAGUUGGUAUGGGUAUUCUUACGACCCCUUUCGUGAAUUUUAUUCGGAGCUAGAAGGCCUAGGUAGUUUCCAGGAUGAUUGGUCAAGGGAGAAGAUUUUGGAACAGAAGAUAGCUAAGCUAUGUAGCCAAGUCGAAGUCUCGCGGGCUAGGGAAAGGCAGAGGGACAUAGAGCAUGAAGGGAUUAAGGCCCAAUUAGAUGCACUACUUGCUUUGGUUGCUUCGGGGUGGAUUCCCCCUUGUCCCAGUGAUGUAGUUUGCCCUCCUCGUCUUUCCCAGUAUCAACCUAUUCAACAUCAAGUAUAUGGUCAAUACAGAGGUUUGACCGAUGAGCCCAGCAAUGAUGAGGAUGAUGAGGAUCAUGUGGCAAACAUACCACCUCAUUAUUGAAGUUUAGAGUUGUAUUAGAUAAUCUAAACUAAGUACUUUAUGGUGAUUUUAAGACUUAUUAUGUGUUUUGUGGAUGCAUGAGAACAUUGAAGUAGUUUGAAAUCCAAUUGUACAGCUUAUGACUUCUAUGCUU